UAUCCAUCUUGCUGUUCUUCCUCCACGUUCUCCUUUCGCUCUCUCCAUUUAUAAGCAAUUCAUUUCGUGUACUUCCAGUAAACGCUUGACCCAAUCCAAUUUUGACCCUCCAUCGCCAUCUUCAUCUCCUGCGCCUCCUCCGCCUUAAAACGGUGGUGCUACACCGCUGCACCUUUCUCACGAUAUACUCCACACCAAAUUUCGGACAAUGUCUCUUUCUAAACGAGUCUCAUUAACUCCUCAAUCACCGGCACAACCUCAACAAGAUCUCAAGCACCGAGUGAUCACUUGCCUCAACAAGCUCUCUGACCGUGAUACGCUUGCCGUUGCUGCGACGGAGCUGGAGUCUAUCGCUCUCAGCCUCAAUCAUGACUCUUUUGCGCCUUUCCUCACUUACCUCUCGGCUACGUCGUCUUCUGACAAGUCGCCUGUACGGAGGCAAUGCGUCCGUAUCUUGGGUGUUCUCUCAAUAACUCACGGUGAUGCUUUGUCACCACACGUUUCUAAAAUGCUUGCCGCUGUAGUUCGCCGCCUCCGUGACCCUGAUUCCGCUGUCCGGUCUGCCUGCGUUGGAGCUGUGUCGUCCAUUGCAUCGGAAAUCUCUAAACCGUCCUUCUCUUCGUUGUCAAAGCCGUUAGUGGAAGCCGUUCUGACAGAACAGGAUCAGAACUCUCAGAUCGGCUCGGCGUUGUGUCUGUCGGCGGCGAUAGAGGCGUCGCCGGAUCCUGAACCGGCACAGUUGCAAAAGCUAUUGCCUAGGGUUUUGAAAUUGAUUAAAUCCGAUGGGUUCAAAGCUAAACCUGCGCUGUUAACUGUUAUCGGCAGCAUUGCUGCAGCUGGUGGCGCCUCUUCUAACCGGAAUUCACUUAAUUCCUUGAUUCCGUGCUUGGUUGACUUUCUGAGUAGUGAUGAUUGGGCGGCGAGGAAGGCGGCAGUUGAGGCGUUAGGAAGGUUGGCAGUGGUGGAGAAGGUUCACUUGACAGCUUUCAGAUCAUCAUGUCUUGCGUCUUUAGAGAAUAAGAGAUUCGAUAAGGUGAAGGUAGUUCGUGAAUCGAUGAAUCAGACAUUAGAGUUGUGGAAGGAGAUUCCAGGGCAUCUAGAUGAAGUUCCCGUUUCACCUCAAUUGAAUGUCAUUUCAUCUUCUAAAGAUAAUGGUCCUCCUAUUACCUCUUUACAGACUCCAUUAAAGGAAACAAUUCCCAGUAGCAGAAAUUCUCCAAUUCAACGAUCAUCUCCAACCACAACACAAAGUAGAAGUCCCCCAAAGAGUAACUACAGGAAACCAAAUGCUUCAAUUGCCAGAAAAGUUGAUUUUGAGAAAGAAACUGAUUCCAUAGUUAACAUUCCUGUAUCCAUGGAUUGUAAAGAAAAGUUCAUUAAUAAAAAAAUGGAGCCUUCUGAAAGAGUAGAUACAGACAAAACCAUCAUCUUGGAAACCGAAAAACGAGUUACAGAACAGGUGAUUUCCAACAAAACACGAGAGGGCAAUUUCGGAAAACCUAAUGGUUCAAGAUUUGGUUCUCGUGUGGUUCCAUUUAUUGAUGAUUGUGAGUUUGACAUAAAUGGAAACACAAUCGAAUAUGAUUAUGGAAACCAAAAAGAAGUUGAAGAUUUGUCUCGGAUCCAAAAACAACUUGUUCAGAUCGAAAAUCAACAGUCCAAUCUCUUAAAUCUUUUACAGAAAUUCAUGGGAAAUUCUCGUAGUGGGAUGAAUUCUUUGGAGACACGAGUAAAUGGUCUAGAAAGAGCACUUGAUGAAAUAUCAUAUGAUUUAGCAAUAUCAAGUGGGAGAGUUUCAACCACGGAUUCUUGUUGCAUGGGUACCGAGUUCUUGAGUCCUAAAUAUUGGUGGAGGACAGAAGGGCAAUAUGGUCCAAGAUCACCUUUCCGUGGAACUCACCAAUCACUUUCCGACAGGUGUCCCGACAUUACUAAACUUGGUAGUCCUACUCAUACAGCAAGUCCCGGAAGAAGCUUUGAGUCAUUAAUGAACGCACGAAAGAAGAAAGCUGCUCAGGUCCAAAAUCGUAAUUUUGACAGGUUUGAUGGGGGCUCUUUGGGCAAUUGCAUACAACAGCGAAUCUAAAACAAGAUCUGUGUAGAAGCUGAUAUAAAGAUUAUCCCAUUAUUUACCACAAGUUAUCACCACUCGAAAGGUAUUGGAGAAUUGAGAUAGAUAUGUACAGAGAAAAGCCCUUUUGCUUUUUUUUAAUUUUUUAUUUCUUGGUAUACAUGGGUUUUGGGUAUUGUGGACAUGAUUUAUGUGUUCACAAAGUUGAAGCUUAUAUUGUUUCUGGGGUUGUGCUUUCACUGCCAUUGAGACAAAAUUUGCAAAUGGAAAGUAAAAGUUUACCCCAAUUGUUAUGUGUGAUUUACUUUCCUAUUUGGGUAAGUUACGUGAAUGAAAUACGGAUAUUUACAUUUUUUUAUAAA